AUGUUACGACACUCUGUUACGGAUGGAGAGGUGGCAGCCACGGGCGUGUGCUUUGUCAUCAAGGGUCCAAAUCAGAAGCUCAAGUGUGCACCAGCUUGUGUAGAAUUUUGGCUAGUUCCAUUGAGAUUCUCAGCACCAGUAGGGUGGGAAAUUCUUGUUUCUGUCGGCGUGCUUGGCCAUGGGUCUUCUCACGAUACGGAUCUUUCUGAUAACCCCCCAAAGGGACUGACGUGGGAGCAAUGGCACAUGAAACAGGAACACGGACUUGAUGAGUACAGUUCUGGCGUGUUCUUCCAAUUACACGACUCCAAAAACAAAGGAUACCUUGAUGGUAACGAUAUCCUGAACAUAUACGGUCUGUUCAGAGAUGAGGUUGUGGGUAAGGGUGAUGGGCUGGGUGCGCAUGACGACUCCGAGGUGAUUGGCGAAGACACUAAGAAGAAGAUCAUCAAGCAGGUUAUGGACUUGGUCGACCCUAACAACGAUGGCCGUAUAUCCAGAGACGAAUACACUGCAUUUGCUGAGAAAGGCGGUGAAUUCCCUGAUUUGAACGUUGGUGUGGGACACCACGGUGACUUUGAACACGAGUACGAGGUUCAUCAUUGGAACAAGUACCAUAAAGAUAGCGAUCCGGACAUCAAAGUUGUGCAUAAGGAGGAUAUCGAGCACGAGUUAUUACAUCAUGAACAUGAAAUUGAGCAUGAACAGCCAGAAGGACAGAGAUUGUCAGAUGAAAGUUUCUGA